AGAUUCAAGGUUGAGUGAAGUUGAACUGUAACUCGCCCAAGGCACAUUUUUCUGCUUUUGAUUUUUUUAUCAUAUCAGCUUGAUUGCUCUGUUUUGUUUGAUCAACUGAAAUAAUAAUAAUGAACGAAUACUUUGUUUCAAUAUUGCCGCUAGGAGGCGAUAGCACAUUUUAUCAGGUUGCACAACUACCAGAGAAGAAGAUGCAGGAUGAGGGCUCCGGACGCCAGUGACGGUGUGUCAUGUGGGUGUAAAGGCAUUAGAACGUGUUUAAUAUGCGAAAGCUUUAGGGGUAAAGGCCAGUUAGAAGCCAGUGGACCCAAGGUUGUGCAUCAUUUUACCUACGAUCCUGAGACCAAACUCGCUGUACGCAAAUAUGCCAAGGCUGUGUCCUUCGACUUUCCUGGCAUCUUCCUGUGGGAGAACUUCAUAUCGGAAGAGGAGGAAAAGGAGAUGAUAAGCACAAUGGACCAAGAUGUGUGGAACCAGUCCCAGUCUGGACGAAGGAAACAGGACUUUGGUCCUAAAGUGAACUUCAAGAAACAGAAAGUGCGAAUAGGCAGUUUCAGUGGACUUCCUCCAUUAAGCCAAAGGCUACUUGUCCGGAUGCAGAAAGUGCCAAGUCUAGCAGACUUCCAGCCAGUGGAGCAGUGUAAUCUGGAAUACCACUCUGAGCGAGGCUCUGCCAUUGAUCCACACCUAGAUGACUCCUGGCUGUGGGGUGAGCGCCUGGUCACCAUCAACAUGCUAUCAGACACUACACUCACCAUGUCUCUUGAGCAGGGUCUUCCAGAGUUGGGACUAGCAGAAGAAGUCCAGGUUGCUGUGCGUGUUCCUCGUAGAUCUUUACUGGUGUUACAUGGUGAGGCACGUCACCGAUGGAAGCACGCCAUCCUUAGGGAACAUGUUCGGGAGCGCAGAGUUUGCAGCACUUACAGAGAACUGUCUGCAGAGUUCCUACCUGGAGGACAGCGAGCAGAGCUGGGAGCUCAGCUGUUGGACAUUGCUUUGAGCUUUCAAGGAAUUCCAAUAUAAGUUUUAGUGAUGAUGCAGAAAAACUAUGCUUUACCACAGUGGCAUCCUGGACUAUUUGGGCUACUGAUAUCUCUUUAAACAGGUGGUCCCUGUUGUGUCAUUUACAGUUUGAACACCAGAUGGUGCCAAAGAAAAAAGAUAAAUAUAUUUAAUUCUAGCAUAGGUUUCACUGCUAAUGUCAGAUUUUUUUAGUAAUAUUAUUAAACAGAUCAUCCGAAACAAAAGUAUAUCUGGUCAUAUCAGCUGUCAAUCUAUUUAAUAUUUGUCUUUUAAUAGAAAAAUAAACAUAUUUUCAGUCAUAUAAA